UCUUCCUGUGUUACCGCCCUUGGACUGAGAGAGAAAUCAAGCGCUGAAGACAUCGCAUUCAUUGGAAGGCUGGCAUUAUUUGGAGGUUCCUUAGUUAGGUCCCAUUAGUCUCAGGUAGCCUCUCCCUGGUCUGGAGCUGAGAAGAAAAACUGCGGCUGUGGUCUGCUGUUCAGUGUUCAGCUUAGCGAGCAUUAGCCGGCACCAUGGCGUUGUCGUAUAAGAAGGACCUGGACAAGUACAAGGAUCUUGAUGAAGAUGAAAUCCUCAACAAACUGUCAGCGGAGGAGCUCAAACAGCUGGAGGUGGCCCUCGAGGAGAUGGACCCUGAGAAUGCUCUUCUCCCAGCCGGCUUACGCCAGAAAGACCAGACGUCCAAGAAAGCAACAGGAACAUUCAACAGAGAAAGUCUGCUCAAAUACCUGGAGAAGGAAGCCAUGGAGUACAAGGACAGAGAGGACAUAGUGCCCUUCACUGGGGAGAAAAAAGGUAAAGUAUUUGUUCCUAAGCAGAAACCGAUAGAAUCACGUCAGGAAGAAGUCACAAAGCUUGACCCAGAAUUAGAAGAAGCACUCUCCAGCGCAACAGAUACAGAGCUGUGCGAUCUAGCAGCAAUCCUUGGUGUGCACACACUGGUUACCAGUACUCAGACGUAUGAUGGAACUGGGACUAAAGCGGGUUACAACAAUGUGAUCAAAGGGGAGAAGAUGAACCCCGUAUUUGAUGAGCCUCCAAAUCCCACUAAUGUAGAAGAAACUCUGCAGAGGAUAAAAAGCAACGAUAGCUCCUUAACAGAGGUCAACCUCAACAAUAUAAAGAACAUUCCUAUCCCCACACUGAAGGACUUUGCCAAAGCCUUGGAGAAGAACACAAAUGUCAAGAAGUUCAGCCUGGCAGCGACACGGAGUAAUGACCCGAUUGCUGUGGCGUUUAGCGACAUGCUGCGGGAGAACAAGACAUUGCAAAGUUUGAACCUUGAGUCAAACUUUAUCACGGGAGUGGGGGUGCAGGCUUUGGUUGACGCACUGCGAGACAAUGACACACUCACAGAGAUCAAGAUAGACAACCAGAGGCAGCAGCUCGGUACCACCAUAGAGAUGGAAAUAGCUAAAAUGCUGGAAGAAAAUAACAGCAUAGUGAAGUUCGGCUACCACUUCACACAGCAAGGACCUCGCUCCAGAGCUGCUGCAGCCAUCACCAAGAACAAUGACCUGGUUCGCAGGAAGCGAGUGGAAGGAGACCUGUAGGGACGUUUUCCAGCCUGUCUCACAGCCAAUCCUGUUGUUUCAUCUCACCGUCGUGUGGAAUAAUUUCAGCCAAUGCCCUGGUCUCAUCUCACUGUGUGGAAACUUUAGUCUUGUGCCAAACUGUGGGGCAAGGCGCGCUCAACCUGAACAUACACCUGAGAAGAAGGGAAAUAACUGGAAUUGCCCUCUCCCAUACUUAUGUUUAUACUUCUGUUUAUUAUUAUUUUUGUUGUUGUUAUUGAAGGUGUAAAUCUGAUUUAGUUUUUAGUCAUUUCAUUUCAGCUGCUCCUUUUUUUGUUUGAGCCUUUACAUGAUUUGUCCAGACUUUUUACCUGCUUUUCCCCCCUUUUUUUUAACUAUGCGAUAAGGAUAAACGUUACCAAGUAACAGAAACUUUGUAACUAAAGAACUAACAAUGAGAAACUCCAGUACCAUUCACCAUGGUAGCUUGGAGAAGCCAGCGUAAAGAUGAAUUAAAAGGUAGCGCAGCUUGAAGCCACAUGAGUGUUAGCUUUCUGAUGAUACAUCCAGAAUCGUUGUAGCCUAAUAUAAAGUUAUCUUAAGGUAUGAUAAGUCACCAUGUAGUACCAUCUGGGGGUUGGAUGAGAUCACUCCUGUUUGUGCUCUGCAGGUGUUGUUUAUUGGAGUUGCCUUGUAAAGCCAGCUCGGCUGUUGUUCAUAACGGUUAAGUUUGUGCUGACGUCAUGCUGCAGUCAGCCUUAAAACAGAUGCAGGCUCACGCCCUUAUAUAAAUACUGUAAGUAUCGAUGCGUAAUGUUUUAUAUCACCUCACCGCUCUUGUUUUCAUGUGGCUUAGAUUCAAAUUUUGAUCACUUGUAUCCCUGAACAGGAAAUUAGAACAAGGUUUCUGGUUAAAGUGAGAUCACACUGUAGAAAGAACAGGAUAUCAAUCCCAAUCUGGACUGGAGGCUUUGACCUGCCCUUGUAAAUGUUCUAAAAGUCUCCUCAGCACUCUGGGUUUCUCUGAUGCUUAACCAUGCCAAAGACUAACACAUGCAGUGUAUCUGUGUUGAACUUGGCUACUGGUUCAGGUUAUAGCUUCAUCGUCACAGUCACUUCCUCAUACCUCACUUUAGUAAAGGAGUCACUGAGUUCAAACCAUUUUAGACACCCUGUCAUGUCAUGCUUUUCUUUUCUCUUGUUGGCCUUUUUGUUAACAAAAUGUUCAAGAAGUAAACGAAGAUGUGUUGGCAAACAGCUCAUGAGAAUCUUCUCAACUUGUGAGUACUUGUGAAAUGUUUCUAUGAGCUGCGUCUCACUGGAAGUCUUAAACAGAUCCUAAAUUUAACUUUUCUCACUCCUACACACUUCACUUGGCUCUCCGCAGUAGCAGGUCAUUUAUUAUGUAAUCAACAACAUGCUGCUUGUGCCUCUGAAAGAACCUCCAUUGUUACACUAACCUGCUUGAGACGGUUAUAACAGAACUAAUUCAGGUGUUACUUGAAACAUGUUUGUGGUUUAUGUGUAAUAAGAACAAUAUGUUGGCAUGAAGUCAUCACCUGUGAACAUCGUGUUUCUGUCGACCAAAAAACGCCCAACAGCCUCACAUUCCUGGGACCUGAGCUGUCCGGCUCGGUUCAGUUCUUUGGGUUUUAUAUCUGUGUUCUUCUUCCUUUAAGAUCAUGUCUGUUAGUAUUUCCUCUUGGACCUUUUUUUUAACAUUACUGUGCAUUGGUGGUGGAAAACUGCUUCUUUGCUUGGGCUUGUUAAGAAUACUCUGUGAUUUAUAAUACUGUAUGUAUAUUAAUUGUAAAAUGCCAUCUCAAAUUUAAAGUGCGCACACACACACACACACACACACACACACACUCUGUAAAGUGUUUUCCCACAUUGUACACAUCCCAUUGCUGAGAUGUUUUUGUACCUUAAUUCAAACCCAGGUGUAUACUCAACAUAAGGAAUAUGUAAUAAUAUAAAACCACAGAACUGGUAAAAAACGCACUGCUGAAUAUAAGACAUCCUUAAAAAUAAAUGUUUUUACAAACUCUGA